CGCGGGUGGACUGGUCUCGAGUAUUGUCGUCGACUACAUUGGGUACUCAAACCGAUAUAUGGCACUGUACCCUUGAGAGAGAAUGACCUCCUUGGUGACGACAUUCUCAUGGCACAUCUCCAACGUAUCCCUUUUUUCCCUCUUCUCUUACUGAUUCUCCCAGCCAAAUUAAAAGUACCCUCUAGCAACGUCAUCCUCAUGGCCCAUCACUUUCUCGCUCCAGAAGUUCCCGCUCAUGCGUGCAAUGACGCGGUCGUACAGUCACCUCGACCAUGCGCUUAUGCUCGAUCACCGUACGUUGAAUGGCACAUCCUCGGAAGAAUCAUCUGCGCUCCAAUUAUCGCUCAAUGCAGAACCUAUCUGCUCCCUCGAAUCUCUCCACGACUGAUCUCCUCGCCUGAUUAUGAUGCAUGUGCUAGAGAAUUGCUGCCAAGUGUGCCCACCCCCAACCGUUGAUCCCCGCUGUGUGGCCGAUAUUGCUUGAAAGACCCGCAUGACUGUCUUGGCAUAUGACCAGCCUUGAUCCGCAACUGACAUGACGUUUGCACUUCCGCUAUCAACCUCGAU